AUGGUGCUGGCGAUGGGGUUGCAAGAGGCCAACGGCAGACGCGAGGCUCCGUCGUCGCCGUCGCAUCGAGCAUCCAACCAUGUCACCCACGCUCACCCUCACCCUCACGCUCACCCUCACCCUCACCCUCACCCUCACCCUCACCCUCACCCUCACCCUCACCCUCACCCUCACCCUCACCCUCACCCUCACCCUCACCCUCACCCUCACGUCGCACCGGUAUCGCCAGCAAGGCCUGCAAACAGCAAACCACUGCACUUACCGUCGCUCUCUGCACACACUCCUGCAUCGCCCGACUCGAGCGUCUUCAACCAUAAUCCUGUGCACUGGGGCGCGUACCGCUCCUACGGUGGCGGGGAAAAGCCGCCUUUUGCACCCGGAGCUGGCGACAGGCUGACCAUUACUCGAAUUGCUGAUCGACACGAACCGCAGCAGCAACAGCAUCCGCAACAUCAACCGCAGCAACCGCCGCCGCCGCAGCGAAAAGAAGAAUAUCCUGUUCAGAGCCCUAUCCACUAUGCGCCGAACGGACAGCUUCCCACCCCAGUAGAGAACGGCCAUCACCUCCCCGCCUGGAACCCGUAUCGUCAGCCGAUGCCCCCCGGGAUGCCGCCUCAACAGUCACAAACCGCUGAAGCGCCCAUCAUCCGCCGACGAAGAGCACAGUCAUCGCGAAGCUCAAUCGACUCGCCAAGCACUCCCAUUUCACCCGGACCGGUGCCUAAACGCCACAACCCGGCCAAGCGCUCUUCCCUCAGCUUGUCCAAAGACGGCGGCGGACCGCUCCCUUCAACGUCGAGCAAUCGAUCUUUUCCAUGUCCCUUGACAAUCUACGGCUGCACAUCCACAUUUGGGUCGAAGAACGAGUGGAAGCGACAUGUCAAUACUCAGCACAUGCGUCUCGGUUUCUGGAGAUGCGAUCUGUGUCCGAAUGGCGAUCGCAAACCCAAUGACUUCAACAGGAAGGAUCUCUUCAUCCAGCAUGUAAGGCGCAUGCAUCCCGCUGCUGCUAGUCGUACUGAAGCGACUUCCACUCCCCCGAAAGCGGGCAAGGAUAACGAAAGCAUGCAAGCGCUGCAGGAUGCUGCGAAUCGAUGUUACAAAGCCCUGCGACAUCCUCCCCAGCAGAGUUGCUGCUUGUUCUGCGAUCAGCAAUUCACUGGCAACGGCUCGUGGGAUGACCGCAUGGAGCACGUCGGGCGGCAUCUGGAGCUCACGCGGCGAGAAGGACAACUACCACCAGAUCCGCAGGAAUGGGCACCGGAUGAUGCUGUCAAUCAGUGGAUGUUGAAGGAGCGCAUCAUCUUCCCCCAUGGUCAGACUUUCGUGUUGGAUGACCAAGGCUCAAUAAUCAAGCCAAUCGUGCGACCAAUCAUCACUACUGCGCCGAAGCCUUUGCCGCCGUUGGUGAAGCCGCCUGAAACGAAUGGCCACGUGGUGUCUGAUAAGGUCAUCUCCACGGACGUCUACGGUAGGGCUUCUUCGCCGAAGAGACGCUUCGAUCCAGUCCAUGAUGCUGUCAGGCACGAGCGCAGUCGGAGUGGGGUAGGCGUGGAAGCUAUGACAGGAGUAGCUGUGCAGACAAGGAUCGAUCCGCCUCACACGAAUGGAGUGAGGCCGGAAGUGCAAGUCGCAGCGCAAGCAAAGCCCGCAGAUACAAGACUCGAAGCCGGAUCCAAAGCUCAGAAGGAAAGCGCCGACGAUGCGGAUCCUUAUCUGGCACUCUUCAGCGCUAUUAAGGGGACCGAUGAGGAGACGGCGGAUGUGGACGAAGCCGAAACGAUGGAGAAUGGUGACGACGAGGAGCUAGACGCUGCACCUGGAGCUGCUGAUCAAAAUGAAGAAGCAAUGCCUGACUCAGGGAUCGUACAUCGACAGGGCACGCAGGCAGAGCGCAUGAAGGACCAGACCGACAUAAGCUACUACAGUACCAUUAAGAAUCGUACGUGGGGAGCGGUGCAAGCCAUCGGACGACUUUUCGCUGGACCACGGCCAGAAUCCGAAAUGGGCUCAGCGGAGCCAGAGGGUGUCAAUGGAGAAAGGUCUCCCAGCCCUGUUGCUAAGCGCACAAGGUCAGCCCGCGCGAAGGGAGAUAUCACCUUGGAAGGAGAAGAAGAGAGCGAUCACGGCAGCCCUCCUCGGAAGCGGACCAGACAAUCCGUUAUCAGCUCGAGAAGCUGA